CAACAGCCCCAGCCCGCCUGGGCACGCUGCUCUGGGUGCGCUCGGAUGCUGCCGCCCCGGGCUCGCGCCUACUCGUCCGCGCGCCGCUCGCCCUCCGCCCGGAGCGCCGCUCGUCUCCGGAGCCGGCCGUGCGCCGGGCGCGCGUGGGGAGCCGGGGCGGGCUGGGGUGGAGCCGCAGCGCCCCGCAAACUUUGGGCGGCGGAGCGCGCGCGCCGAACCCCCGUGGCGCGGGAUGGGGGCGGCGAGGCUAUGUGCCCCGGGUCCCCACGCGCGCCUGGCCACCAGCCCGGGGACCCCCGCGCCGCCUCUGCCCGCGCCCCGGGCCCCGCAACCUCGCAGCCCCGCAGCCGCCCGCGCGCGCUAGCCCACCGCAGCCUCCCAGCCGGAGUCCUCAGAGCGCUCUCCGUGCUUGGGGACGCAACACCAGAGACCCCCCUUGUGGAGUGAAAUUCAAUUCACGAGCCAGUCCUCAGCGCAGUCGAAACACUGAGGUGAGCCUCGGCCUGCGCUGCGGGACCCCAGAGCCUGAGCGGCCUGGCUAUGGACCUGUGGGGACCUGGCACAGGGCGGCCCUGCUGCUCGGGUCCCUAGCCAGAUGCGUCUUGGGCAUCCAGCUCAGCUUCUCUUUUCCGGGGAUCUGGCGACAUCCCUUCUACAGCCAGAGGACACCACGGAGGAGCAGAGGACCCGCGCUCCAAGUCUCCAGGAUGUGCCCAUCUGAGAUGGGGACGCUGUGGUACCUCUGGUCUCCCGUGCUCAUCAGCCUAGCUGCCCUUUUCUCCAAAGUGACAGAAGGCCGAGGGAUCUUGGAGAGCAUUCAGCGGUUCUCACUGCUGCCUACCUACCUCCCAGUCACCUACCACAUCAACAAUGCGGAUGUCUCCUUCUUCCUGAAGGAGGCCAACCAGGACAUCAUGCGCAACUCCAGCCUGCAGUCGCGGGUCGAGUCCUUCCUGAUCUACAAAUCCAGGCGACUGCCGGUGCUCAACGCCAGCUAUGGGCCCUUCUCACUCGAGCAGGUAGUGCCCCAGGAUUUGAUGCUGCCUUCCAACCCAUUUGGAUUCACUAACACAUUCUCCCUCAACUGGAGGCUGAAGGCCUACAUCCUGCAGGAGAAAGUCUACCUAAGCCAUCCCAAAGUGCAGGUGCUCUUCCACAUCGUGGGUCGAGACUGGGAUGACCACAGGGAGGAGAACUUGCCUUGCCUGCGGGUCUUUGCCUUCAGAGAGACCCGAGAGGUUCGAGGCAGCUGCCGCUUGGGUGGAGCCCUGGGACUGUGCGUGGCCCAGCUGGAAAUGCUGCCAGGCUGGUUCAGUCCACCAUCAGUGGUAUCUGGGCGCAGGAGGCCCACGGAGCAGCUAGAGGGGAAUCCCGUGGAACUGUAUUAUGCUGUACAGCCAGGGGAUGAGCGAGGCGACUGUGCCAAGGAGGAUUUGAGGAAGAGCGGCGGUACUCCAGCAGGCCACAAUGAUGUUGAUGAAUCCAGUCCCCCUUUGCAUAGAAUUGGGAGCGUCUUCCUUCGGGAGACCCCCAGCAGUCCACCUUUGAAGGAGCUGCGUUUGGAUAGCAAUGUGGCCGUUCAUUACGUCCCUAAGACUGUGCGGCAAGGAGAUGUACUCACCUUCCCUAUCUCUGUCUCUAGGAACUGCACGGAGGAUCGCUUCACACUGAGGGCCAAGGUUAAGAAAGGAGUGAGCAUUGUUGGGGUGAGAGCCAGCAGCUCUUCGAUCUGGGAUGUCAAACAGAGCACCGAGUACACUGGGAAAUAUGCUCCGGCCGUCAUCGUUUGUCAGAAGAAAUCUGCUGGCUCCGAAAAGAGUGUGGCUGAUGCCUCCUAUGAAGUCAUGAAGAUUGAUAUCGAGGUCGAAGCACCCAGUGACCCACCCACCACACAGCUGGUCACGUGGCAGGUUGAAUACCCAGGAGAGAUCACCUCUGACCUGGGAGUGUCCAAGAUCUAUGUGAGCCAAAAGGACUUGAUCGGAGUCAUACCACUAGCCAUGGAGGCAGAGAUCCUGAACACAGCCAUCCUCACUGGAAAGACGGUGGCUGUCCCUGUGAAGGUGAUCUCUGUGGAGGAAGAUGGCACAGUACAAGGUCUUUUGGACUCGGUGGAGUGCAGGUCAUCUGACGAAGACGUGGUUAAGGUUUCUGACAGAUGUGACUAUGUCUUUGUCAAUGGGAAGGAAAUGAAGGGCAAGGUGAACGUGGUAGUCAGCUUCACCUACCAGCACCUGAGCAGCCCCCUGGAGAUGACAGUGUGGGUACCACGGCUACCUCUGCAGAUUGAGGUCUCAGACAUGGAGCUGAACCAGAUCAAGGGCUGGCGGGUCCCCGUUGUCUCCAACAAAAGGCCAGCUCGGGACAGUGAGGAGGAAGAUGAUGAUGAGAAGAAGGGCCGAGGCUGCACCCUUCAGUACCAGCACGCCAUGGUGCGAGUCUUGACCCAAUUUGUGGCUGAGGCGCCCGAUCCCGGGGGACACCUGGCCUACCUACUGGGCUCUGACUGGCAGGUGGACAUCACGGAGCUGAUAACUGACUUCAUGCAGGUGGAGGAGCCCAGGAUUGCUAAGCUGCAAGGAGGGCAGAUCCUGACUGGCCUGGAGCUGGGCAUGACCACUAUUCAGAUCCUGUCCCCUCUGUCGGAUGCCAUCCUUGCCGAGAAGACCAUCACUGUACUGGAUGAGAAGGUGACCAUCACAGACCUCGGGGUCCAGCUGGUAACAGGGCUCUCGCUAUCCCUGCAGCUCAGCCCCGGGAGCAACAGAGCCAUCUUUGCCACUGCCAUGGCUCAGGAACUUCUGCAGAGGCCCAAACAGGAAGCAGCCAUCAGCUGCUGGGUGCAGUUCAGCGACGGCUCUGUCACACCCUUGGACAUUUAUGAUGAGAAGGACUUCUCCCUGAUGGCUACGUCCUUGGACGAGAAAGUCGUCUCCAUCCUCCAGGACCCCAAAUUCAAGUGGCCUAUCAUUGCUGCAGAAAACGAAGGACAGGGGGCCCUGGUUAAGGUCGAGAUGCUCAUCAGUGAAUCUUGUCAGAAGUCUAAGCGGAAGAGCGUGCUGGCUGUGGGAACAGCCAGCAUCAAGGUUAAAUUUGGACAGAAUGAUGCGAACCCCAACAGCAGUGAGAGUGGACACCUUGGGGCUGGGCUUCAUGUGGAGAAUAUCAAUGACAGGAGGUCCAAAAAGCCUUUUCAGGAAUGGGGGAGCCCCGAGGGGCCAUUCUAUAGCAGCUCAUCCAUAGGGCUCAUGGAGGGAUGGGGCAGUACCACCAAGAGGCCAACUUUCCAGAAGAAGGAAGGCCAGGAAAACCUGUUAGAUGACAUCAUCCUCUCUCAGACCAUGGCCACAGACCUCACCAGCUUCCCAGACCAAAUGGACCUCCUCCCCGGGAGCAAUGUGGGCACUGAGGAACAUGACCUUGAUCAGGCAGCCAAGGGACUGAGUGACCUCGAAAUUGGCAUGUAUGCUCUGCUGGGUGUCUUCUGCCUGGCUAUCUUGGUGUUCUUAAUUAACUGUGUGACUUUUGCCCUGAAGUACAGGCACAAACAGGUUCCCUUUGAGGAGCAAGAAGGUCUGAGUCACUCUCACGACUGGGUUGGGCUGAGCAACCGGACAGAGCUGUUGGGGAACCAUAUAAACUUCUCCUCCUCCCAAGAGGAGCAGAUCACCGCUAUUGACAGGGGUCUGGACUUUGAGGAGAGCAAACUCCUUCUCAGCUCAAACUCUCAGAACAGCAUCAAUGGACAGAUGUUCAGGUCCACAGGAGCCAUGCUCACAGACGACCAAGAACAGAAAAGCGAACCCCCUACCUCCCCUACCUCCAAAAGGAAAAGAGUGACAUUUUCCACAUUCUCCGCCAUCUCCUCAGACGAUGGGUGUCCUUCUGGGAACACCAUGGUGUUGAGUAAUGAGGAUGACAUUAAGUGGGUCUGCCAGGGCCUGGAUCCUGGCGAGUGCACAGAACCUCACAGUUGCAUGGAGAGGCUACAUGAGCACGUAUAACGGGGACACCAAUGUUGUUCUUACCUUUCAGCCUUUAACCCACUUGGGUAUGGGGAGUAGACAUGUACCCAGGGGAGAAAUGAGACAAGAGGACACCACAAGGGCAGCACUGUCCAUAGAACCCUGGGAAAUGAUCCCCUGUUAGCUGGGGAGGGCCAGAGUCAUGGUAUCCAUGCACUUGCUGGUGAAUGAUGCUUUGGUUCGACUUAGGAGGUUUAGUGUGCAUGGCAAGAUGUUGUCAAACCUGGAACAAAGAUGCGCGUUUAAGGGUUCAUCACAGGGAAGAACUCGCGCAAUUUGGUUUCUUGUCAGAUCCAUGUUGCUCCGAUAAUCACUAUUUCAGACCAUGAAAAAAGAGAGGAAAAAAAAAUCGAAGGCUCAGGUUGAGCAUGCGUGGGUCAGAGGCAAGAGGCAUGGCAUUGAGUGGAUCAGCACGGCUAACUCGAAGUAUGCUCACAGGCAGAGUGUAGCACUGAAGCUGGCUAUGGGAGGCAGGGUAUUGAGCUGGUUCCCAAAGAUGGGGGUCCAAGUUGGCCAGGGAUUAUUGACAGGCUAAGGAAGAGGUUAGCAGGGCAGAAAGGAAAUGGGUAAACAAGCCCACAACUAGCUUUGUAACUACAUGCCAAGAAACAUACAUACAUAUAUACAUACACACACACAUACAUACACACAUACAUACAUACAUACACACAUACAUGCACACAUAUACACAUACAUACAUUAUACACACAUAUACCUACAUACAUAAACACAUACAUACAUAAACAUACAUACAUACAUAUAUACAUACAUACAUACAUACAUACAUAAACACAUACAUACAUUACACACACAUAUAUCACUGGAGCAGUUGAGAGAAACUUCCUGUCUAUAGGACACUGGAUACAAACCCCACUGCUCCUUAAUGCAAAUUCACAAGAUUUGAACUUGAUCACUACACUCUACUGACACUCUUCAGCCAUUGGUUAUGUGCAAGUGAGGAAAGAAGAGUGUUUCCCAGAAUUUGCUCCCUGCCUCAAGUUCCCCUGAGCUUCCUGUCAACUUCAGGUGACAUUCUAUAGAGGAGGUCCCAGGGACACAUAUCCCUGUAAAGACACUGGUCUCCAGAGUGUAAACAGGACUCGGGGUGAAUUCCCCACCCCGCCCUUGCUUUCCUAGAAACCACAGAGAACCUGUUUUGUGAUGGGCUCUGCCGCCCCUCAUAUUGGGUCUCCUGUCCAAGAAUUUGUCAUCAGGGUAUUUUAAGACAGAGCCAUCUGUUCAGUGCAGGUUGGCUCUUUUGAACUGCAAGAGAAGAGUGUCAGGGACGUUGGCUUGCGCAUGCUUGGACAGCAUGAGAGGUGAGCGGGUAUGGGUAGGUGUAUGCAUGUGUAUAAGGGUAUGCGUGCGUCUGCGUGUGGGUGUGCACACAGUGGGUAGCUGUGCAUCUGUGGAGGCUGUGCGUGUGUCUGUGGGUGCGUGUGCGGGUGUAGCUAUCCUUGCAAGCACUUGGACCCCCAAAUCAUCCCCAAAAGGAUUAGCAUUGCUUAACGUCAAAAUGUCUCUACAAUCCCUCAAGAUGCUGAGUCUAUGGAGAUGGUAAGGGAGGCAUGAUCGGGAGAUCCCCCACCCCAACCCUGGUCUCACUAUGAAGUAAGGAUGAUGGGUUGAGGAGUAGCCGUGACCUUGAAGGGUAAAGGAGACUAGUCUCUGGGUAAUUCUAACACUGUUAUUUCCUUCUCUUUUCUUUCCCAUUACUUUCUGUCUUCAUUGCCUUGUCUCUUUCCUCAUCUCCCUCCCCUCCCCCUCCUCUUAUUAUUCUUACCCGGAUCAUAUAAGAGAACCUCUCUAGAGGACUGCAAGUCCCACCUCCUCUCCUUCCCCUCAAGGCCCUCUCCCCUCUGACUGUGGUGCUAAUCCUUUUGUUCUGACAGCCAGCAAGCCACCCAGCUCCCAGCUCCCAGUAGACUCUUCUUUGUUUGGGUGGGUAACUUCACCACUGCAAUCCUUUGCUUUCCAUUGCCCACUUUCUGAUUUCUUUCCCCUUCUUACCCAUGUGAUGUUUCCUUGACUACUGCAGCAGAUGCCUGUUCUCAAAUCCCUCCACGUGUAGAAUGUAUUGUAGAUUGUAAGAAUGUAAUCUAUAUUUAUAAACUUACUGACUGUAAAUAUAAAACAUGCA